CAUACCAACGAAAUCACGAAUUAGAAUUAUCAAACUUCUAUCGAACAUAAGUCGUUAUGUUUAAUUUUUUUGUCCAAAAUGACCAAGGAUACUACCGGCCCUGACCCCGGAUAGAGUUCGGGCGAAUAUUCUUUCUUUCUUUUUUAAAACAAAAUGCCAGUGUUCACAGCCAACAUCCCUGGCAUUCUCAAGGUUGGAGAUAGAAUAGAAAUUGGCGGUAAAAUCAAGGAAAAUGCCAGAAAAAUGUCAGUAAACCUUUGCGCUCAAGAAGGAGAGGAACCACGUGACGUUGUCCUCCACUUCGACGUUCGGUUUCAUCGCGACAACAUCAUCUCGCUAUCCAGGAGGAACGGCGUGUGGAUCGGCAGUGGGAACCUUGACACUAACUACAAUAUGUUUGUGCCUGGUACAAUUUUCCGUAUCAUAUUCGAAGUGAAGGAUACAGACGUAAUCACGAUCUACUGCCAGGGCAAGUUCCACUCCAACUUCCUACCGAAGAUACCGUUGACCAUGGCUCGGUAUCUAGUCGCGUGGGCUGAUGUAGACAAAAUAACGCACUGCUACUUUCAAAUGAAUGACAAAGGCGUAGGAGACGAAGCAGCGGCCAUCGGUGCGAACCCACCCUCCUCGCGGCAGGGAAUCACGCCUGUAGUGAUUGGAGAUGUUAAGCGAUGUGUUAAAUCUCACAGAAAGUCUUCACCAAGUUCACCACACAUUCAUUCCUCGAACGAGAGUUCGGACGACGAACAAAAACCUCGUCGUAAAGCCGAAGGCCGUGCGGACAGAUAUUUCUACGAAACACUCAUGUGCCAACCUCCAGAAACUACGUUCGGUAACAAAAAUCCAAAAUAUCACCGUGAGAUAGUGCAGCCCGAAUAUAGCAGAAAAUAUAGAAACGAAUAUAUCGAAAAGAAUGAGACAGACACGUCUGAGGAAGUUGCCUCCAAAAACAUGGAGUCCACUGCAGAAUCCGAUGACGUUUUGCCAGAGUUGGGGUUGAUAAAUAAAAGAAAUAGGCGCGGCAAGUUCGCUUCAUUCGCGCAGGUCGUAAAUUUUAUGGGAAAGACAGCAAGAAGAAAUUAGUUGUGUGCUAUGAAAAGCAGCUUUUUUAUGGUUGGUGAUUUUUCGUUUACAAUUUCAUGUUUUAUUUUUAUGUU